UGGAGAGCCCACAUGCACAGAAACCACAACCUUUCUAGUGCUUUAUAAAUGGCUUCUCACUUGAUGGAACCAAGCCAAGUCUGUCUGUUUUUCACUUAAACACAAGGAAAGAUGAAGAGCUUUGCCUACUUUGGUAGAAAGCUAGAUCAUUUUUGUAGUGUUUUCCACAAAUUCUUUUGUAGUUUCCAUGCUUUCCUCAUUCAACUUUGCUAUUUCAUUACCCUCUCUUUGUUUGGUUACCUGUGUCUCAAGGUCUCUAAGCCAAGGUCCCCUGUCAGCCACAAUGACAUUGAUCUAUUUUUCACCUCUGUUUCUGCUGCCACAGUUUCUAGUAUGACAGCAAUAGAAAUGGAGGUUUUUUCCAAUUCCCAACUCAUUCUCCUCACCUUUCUCAUGUUACUGGGUGGUGAAGUUUUUACUUCCAUGCUUGAACUUGUACUUGCCAGGUUCAACUUCACAAAAAAUCAUAGUACUACUGUUCAAUUGAAACAGGAUCCCCCACCUAAGUCCAAUCAAAUUGAGAUUGGUUUAGUUUCUGUUUCUAAUUCAGAAAGCCAUAAACAGAAUCAUAGUAUUCUUUUUGUUCCAAAUGACAUGGUUGAGUCCUUUAACUAUAAUGAAAGACUUAAGUAUAACUCUCUUAAGUGUCUGAGUCAUGUCGUUUUUGGUUACCUUACUGUGAUUCAUAUUGUUGGUGUUUGUUUGGUCUCUAUGUACACAGCAUUUAUACCAAGUGCAAGACAAGUACUUGAAAACAAAGAUAUCAAAAUACCAACAUUUUCUUUCUUCAUCAUAGUUUCCACUUUUGCUAGUUGUGGUUUUGUCCCUACCAAUGAGAACAUGGUAGUUUUCAAGAAGAAUUCAGGCCUCCUCCUUCUUAUUCUUCCACAUGUUCUUCUUGGUAACGCCCUUUACGCACCAUGUUUGAGGCUUGUCAUAAUGCUUAUGAAAAAAGUUACCAGAAGAGAGGAACUCUCUUACUUGCUGAAGAAUUCCAAAGAGAUGGGUUCUAGCCAUAUGCUCCCUGCUCUUCAUUGCUGGCUCCUGAUUGUUACUGUUUUUGGGUUCAAUCUGGUACAAUUGAUAAUGUUCUGCUCCAUGGAGUGGAAUUCCAAAAAUAUGGAGGGUUUAAGUCUCUAUCAGAAACUGGUUGCUUCUUUGUUUCAAGUUACAAAUGCUAGACAUGCUGGUGAAUCUGUUUUUGAUCUCUCCACCAUCUCUUCAGCCAUAUUGGUGCUCUUCGUUGUCAUGAUGUAAGUUGCUCUUUUAUUUUCCUUUUUCUAAUACAAGUAUGUAUCUGUUGGCCAGAUAAAAAACUCCACAUUGGGCUUUAAAGAGCAAACCAUAAGUGGAUCAGACACCACAUCCUUAAGGGGGAGAAUGUUGUAUAUCAAGUUUGAGUCCAUCUCAAACGAAAGUUGGGCUUGUACUCAUCCAGAACCUCAGAGGCCGUCAUUCUGGGCUUGUGCUCUUGAGUCUCAGAGGCUCAGGCUCAUGGUCAAAUAACCAUCGGCUUGAAUACCACUGUUGGGCCAGAUAAAGGGCCAAACAAAGGAGAUGGUUUAAAAUUGGGGGAUAAAACUCCACAUUAGGCUUUAAAGAACAAACCAUAAGUGGACCAGACACCACAUCCUUCACCCAAAACCUUAAGGCAAUGGGUGUAUGCGUCCUCACACUUAUAAACCACUCAAACUUAUCCUUAUCUUCCAAUGUGAGACUUACUCACACUUGAUACACAACAGUAUCUUCAUAAAUGCAUAUAAUCAUGUUCCAAUCAGGAAUAUACAUCUACAUCUUUGUUGAA